CACGCAUGCGCAUUUAGUUUGUUUAGAUUCGCCAUGGAGAGCUGAGCAUUACAAACUUAAUAUCAAAUCAGCAUCUUCGUACAAUAACGAGACAGUGAGUUUGAAGAAUGCUCUUAAAACGAAUAUAGGAUAGGCGCCUGAAGCUCUGGCUACUGAUGCCUGAUUAGAUUUUAUAACAAGGAAGCAGUUUGAAAGAUGUCUCUGCGGACAAGGAUCAAUGGUUUCACAGCAUGGGUCAAUUUCAGGCUGAAGCCCUAUGAUCAUCUGUUGAGCAAUGUUCUCAUGGACCUAUUGAAGGGAACUAAUAUCAAGAUGCUUAUUCAAAGUCUUACCGGUGUGGAAAACAAAAAGCUGCAGAGCCUUGAUGGACUUACUCAGCAACAAAAGGUGACACGCAUGGAGUGGGUAAUAGGGGAACUUAAAGAGAAGAACCUGAGGCGGAUAACAUUUCGCCUACCAUUCCCUAUAUACCAUUUCCAGGGGAAGAAUUCUGCAAGAAAUUCAAACCAAAGAACAAAAUGUGGCCUAGACCUGAUGCAGAGGACUGCUUGCUGGAGAUGUUGAAUGCUGUACUGCAGACAAGUCGUGAAGGCCGCAAGCUCCAUGUUGAGACAUUAGAUGACUUGGUGGAUAGUCGUGUGCUGUGUGCUCUGAUAAACUGCUUUGCUCCCGGUACAUUCACAACAGAAGUGAUGUUGAAUGACCGUUGGACAAUAAACUUGGUGCUACGGACUUACGAGAAGAUAAUGCGCAUCCACACACCUAUGGAUUCACAGGAUCUUGUUGAGGCUGAUGAGAUGGCCAUUUGCAGUUCUUUCUGUGUAUACUUUAUGUGUGGAUUCAAGCUAAGGCAGUCUGGGUGUAUCUUGUCACGAUUGAGAGAAUUAGAUCAUUUGCUGAGGGCAGCUCGACAUGAAUUAGAGAGUUUUCCAGAAAUAGUGAACAGUGUUCCAAUGCUCAAGAGGAGAAAAGAGCUGGCAAAUUUAAUUGAACAACUUGAAAAAGAAAAAGUAACGAUUGGAACAAGAUUUGACAUUGAAGCUUGCCGUGCAUGGUGGGAUCACGUCACAAAAGUACAAAUUGAGACAAGGGAAAUUGUUUCUAAGAAAAUGAAGGAGCGCUUUGACGCCUUUCCUGUACCCAGGUCAAUCACAAUCAGUGACCUUUGUCUGUCAAUGGUAAUCAACUUGAACUUGUCAAAUGGCCUGGGAUUCUACUUGAGUAAAUUGAGAGAACCUGUGAAUCCGGAACGCAAGAUGGUCCUAAAAAAUGUGGAGACGGGUGAAUUUCUUGAUGACUUCACACAAGGAAAGGGGCAGGCAAAAGUAACAAUCCGUUCCAUACUCGGUCUUCCUCAGCAUGAGGUUGUUGAAGUUAAUCCUAGUGAUUAUCCACAGUAUGAGAUAUACUUUGAAAGUCUUUCACGGAACAAAAUCAUGAAAACAGGGACAGUUUUCCUCUAUCAAGUGUUUCCCGGCAAUUUUCAACCAUGGGAGAACCUUUUCUUCAAAGCAUCAAAGCUUGGUGAACUAGAUACUGUCCAAAAACUGGUUGUCUUUUUCAAGGAUAAGAAACCUGGUUUUGUCAAUGCCAAAGAAAAGAAGACAUUAAACACAGCACUUCACAUGGCAUCACGAAAUGGCAACUACGAUGUUGCAUUGUAUCUCCUUGAGAAUGGUUGCCAUGUUGACUCAAAAAAUUCUUCCGGUGCAACUCCUUUCUUCAAUGCAGUGGAGGGCUUAUCAAAAGGAAUAAGCCAGGAUACACAUGAAAACACAGCUGAGUUACUGGUGGAAUGGGGUGCUAAUGUUCACAGCAAGAACAAACAAAACAAAACUGCUUUUGAUUCAGUUAGAAAUGAAGAGUUGAAACAACAUUUAAUUUCCUGCUAUGACCACCUACAGGCAUGUAUCCCUAAACUGAUGCGAGGUGACACAGGUCUCCUACAGAAGGUAGUGGAGGAUCAUGUGACCGGGAUACGCCGCUUCUCCAGUUUACGUAGCAGGUGUAUCAAUGGUAGUACACUUCUUCACACAGCAGCCUAUUUUGGUGCAAUUGCUGUUCUUAAAGAACUACUGAAGGAGAGAGUUGAUGUCAAUCUUCAGGAUUACAAGGGCGCCACCCCCUUGCAUCGAGCGCACGAUGCUCUUACAAUGAAGAUUUUGUUGGAGAAUGGUGCGGACAUAAAUGCAGAAGACGGUGAGGGCAACACCGCCCUCCAUGUCAAGAGUUACGGAGAAGCUGGCAAAGCAACAGAUAUUAGCUGCUUAGAAACACUAAUGGCACAUGACAUCAGCUUAAUUCACAAAAACAACAAAGGCUUACUGGCACUUCACUGCUGCGCCAUGCAAGGCCGCGUUGAGGCCAUUCAGUACCUCCUUGGUAUGGACCCCGAAAACAUCAUGCGAGAAUCUAUUGACACCGAAGACCCAGCAGCGCCACCUAGCCUGCCACACCUUGCCCUUGCGAAUGAUUACUUGGACUGUGGCAGGUGGCUCGUGGAAAAUGGGUUCACAUUCAAAGAAAAUGAACAAGAUAUAUUAGUACAUCGUAUAUUAACAGAACAAAUACAAAGCAAAAGGUGCCUAGAGCUAAUGGAGUUCUUGUUUGAGCACGGAGCUGACUUAGAUCAACGCUAUGCUGGGGGAAACACACCGCUCCAUUAUGCAGCAGGGAUGUUGGGACCAAGUGAUAUCAUGGGUUUAUUGUUGCAAUAUGGAGCUGAGGUAGAUGCUGUAAAUGAUGACAAUUGCACACCCCUGUUCUUUGCAACACAAGCUAACAACCAGUAUGCCACCAGCGUGCUCUUAGCAAAUGGUGCAAAUGUUCGGCACAAGAACAUCCAAGGCCUUACAGCGUUUGACUGCAUCUUGGAUUUUGACGAGUGGUUGGAAUGUGGGUACUUCACUGAUGAAGUAAAGGCAAGGUUAAAAGCAUACAGUUUAAAGCAUGCCAGAGACCUUGUCCGUGCCAUCACCAAGAAGGUUAAGGGUCCCCCAAGGCAUCUUCUGAUGAUGCAUCAUGCUUCAGCACAUGCUCUGCACAAGGCACAUAAUCUACAGUAUCAACUGCACUCUACUCCCACAGCCAUGGACAUGAGGCGUCCAAGAAUGGGCAUUCUACCGCCACUAAAACCUAAAGGAUUCCUAACAUAUUGAAGUGUUAAGGUACAAGGAAGAGCAGGAAAUGUUUGUUGGGUGUCAUCUAAAGCACUCUUUGUGCAGUGGCUGUUAAGGAGCAGAAAGCAUUUAAAGUCAUAUUGUAAAAGGUGCUCAGAACAUGUUUAGUCAUCUAAGGUGCUGACUGCAUUGGGGACCAUGUUAUGAGCAAACACAAUUUGGUGUCACCUGAGCUGCUGACAGCAUCUGGGUGUCAUCUGUGUUGCUCCAGUAUUAGGUGCAAAGGUGCUGACUGCAUUGGGUACCAUGCAAGGUGCUGACGAUUUGGGUGUCACCUACACUAAAGUUGUUACAGCAUUAGGUGCCACCUAAGGUACUGACAGAAUUGGGUGCCAUGUAAGGUGCUAAUGAUUUGGGCGUCACCUACACUAAGUUGUUAAAACAGGCGCCAUGCUGACAGCAUCUGGAUGUCAUCUAAUAUGUUCCAUUAUUAGAAGCCUUCUAAGGUGCUGAUGAUUUGAGCUGAUCAUUAAUUGCCAUCUAAGGUAACCUGCAUAGGG